GGCAACAGAAUUAAAACGAGAGAGAAAUAGUCACGACGGCCAUUAAUCUUGUGAAUGGUCGGUUUUGAUUAGUGGAGAAGGAGAGGUCAAUGACUCUCUAUAAUACGAUUCUCUCACCACGUGGACACAGCGGAAUUAGUCCCUUAAUUACAUAUUUUAAUUACAGAGAGACAACCUAAUCACUUGGCCACGUUGAAAUUGCUAGGUACUAGUUAAGACUUGUUCCGCAAUAUCUGUCUUAAAGCUUUCCCAUAGGGUCCAUUGAUUUUUGCAGCCAUGGAUUAUGAUCUGCUUCGUUCCAAGAAGAGUAUCAAACGCGUAGAAUCCACCAAAUCAAAUCCAUGGUGGUGGGAUAGUCAUAUCGGUCUCAAAAAUUCUAAGUGGCUUGAGAAUAAUCUCGAUGAGAUGGACCGGAGCGUGAAACGGAUGGUGAAGUUGAUAGAGGAGGAUGCAGAUUCUUUUGCUAAGAAGGCAGAGAUGUAUUACCAGUCAAGACCUGAGCUUAUUGCUCUUGUGGAUGAGUUUCACCGUAUGUACCGUGCUUUGGCAGAGCGGUACGAGAACAUCACCGGAGAGUUGAGAAAAGGCUCUCCUUUAGAGCUUCAGUCACAGGGCUCUGGUCUUUCUGACAUCUCUGCUUCUGACCUCUCUGCUUUAUGGACCUCUAAUGAGGUUAAUAGGUUAGGUCGUCCUCCUUCUGGUCGACGUGCUCCUGGUUUUGAAUACUUCCUUGGCAAUGGAGGACUUCCUUCUGAUCUUUAUCACAAAGAUGGAGAUGAUUCUGCUUCCAUUACUGAUUCUGAACUUGAAUCUGAUGAUUCUUCUGUGACUAAUUACCCUGGUUAUGUGAGUAUAGGCUCUGACUUUCAGUCCCUAAGCAAGAGGAUCAUGGAUCUUGAGAUUGAGCUACGUGAAGCCAAAGAAAGACUUAGGAUGCAACUUGAAGGGAACACUGAGAGCUUGUUGCCGAGGGUGAAAAGUGAGACUAAAUUUGUUGAUUUCCCGGCAAAACUUGCUGCUUGUGAGCAAGAACUGAAAGAUGUAAAUGAGAAGUUACAGAAUUCAGAAGACCAAAUCUAUAUUUUAAAGAGUCAGCUUGCUAGAUACUUGCCAUCUGGGUUGGAUGAUGAACAGAGCGAAGGGGCAGCUUCAACUCAAGAACUGGACAUUGAGACUUUGUCUGAAGAGCUGAGAAUUACAAGCCUGAGGCUUCGGGAGGCAGAAAAACAAAACGGUAUCAUGAGAAAAGAAGUCGAGAAAAGCAAGUCUGAUGAUGCAAAACUCAAGAGUCUGCAAGACAUGCUUGAGUCGGCACAGAAAGAAGCUGCAGCAUGGAAAAGCAAGGCUAGUGCAGAUAAAAGAGAGGUGGUGAAGCUGCUUGAUAGAAUCUCAAUGUUGAAGUCGAGUUUAGCAGGUAGAGAUCAUGAGAUCAGGGAUUUAAAGACAGCAUUGUCUGACGCAGAAGAGAAGAUUUUCCCGGAGAAAGCACAGGUCAAAGCCGAUAUAGCAAAGCUGUUGGAAGAAAAAAUACACCGGGAUGACCAAUUCAAAGAGCUGGAAGCCAAUGUGCGUUAUCUUGAAGAUGAGAGAAGAAAGGUGAACAAUGAGAAAAUAGAAGAGGAGGAAAAGCUGAAGAGCGAAAUCGAGGUGCUGACACUGGAAAAGGUAGAGAAAGGGAGAUGCAUAGAGACGUUAAGCAGAAAGGUGAGUGAGCUAGAGUCGGAGAUAAGUCGACUUGGAAUGAUAAGACAGCUCUGUUUUUCACUAGACUACUCCAGAGACGAAUACAAGAGACUACGCAUAGCCUUUUCAGGGCAUCCACCAACAAGACCAUCAUCCAUUCUUGCUUCUUAAUUCUUGUGUACAGUAUAUACUCUUUGUAACUUUGUUGGUGAUACUUUCACAUAUAGGGAGCUGUUUUGAGAUUGGUUUGUGGAAAAGAAAAAGCUCAUAAGAUUUGUGUUUGAUAUUAGCUAUGCAUUAUCUAGUUUGAGUUCUG